AAACAACAGUCCUAACUUUUGUGUGUUGCAAAUAUAAAAGGCAAGCCAUGUGACAGAGGGACAGAAGAACAAAAGCAUUUGGAAGUAACAGGACCUCUUUCUAGCUCUCAGAAAAGUCUGAGAAGAAAGGAGCCCUGCGUUUCCCCCAAGCUGUGUGGCAGAUACUGUGAUGGACUGAAAGUGCAAAAAGUAAGACACCAUUCCAGCAUACAAAGGACAAUGACAACCAGGAAGCUUCAGCCAGAUCCUGUCCUUUCCUUGAAAGGAACUGGAUCCUAGGAGUUGAAGACAUUUGCAAACUUAUAGUCCUCUGCCUCCCUCUGCUGUUAUUCGUGAGAAGUUUUUCCUCACAACAAUGAGAAAUCAUGUACUAGCUGCUUCCUUUUCUAUGCUCUCCCUGCUGGCAAUAAUGGGAGACACAGACAGCAAAACUGACAGUUCGUUUAUGAUGGACUCGGACCCCCGACGCUGCAUGAGGCACCACUAUGUUGAUUCUAUCAGUCACCCAUUGUACAAGUGUAGCUCAAAGAUGGUCCUCCUGGCCAGGUGUGAGGGACACUGCAGCCAGGCAUCACGAUCUGAGCCCUUGGUGUCCUUCAGCACUGUCCUCAAGCAACCCUUCCGCUCCUCCUGUCACUGCUGCAGACCCCAGACCUCCAAGCUGAAGGCAUUGCGGCUGCGCUGCUCAGGGGGCAUGCGACUCACGGCCACCUACCGGUACAUCCUCUCUUGUCAUUGCGAGGAGUGCAGCUCUUGA